AUGGCAAAAGUGGCUGACUCAAGCUUAUGUUCAGUUUGCAAUAAAAUCCCAGGGAGAUGCUUCUGCGUGGGAUGUAAAAAAUACUUUUGUUCGAAAGACUUCAAAGAACAUGAAAAACAGCUAUCGAUACAGUUCGAUAACGAAAUAGUAAGAUCUCAUGAUGAAUUGCUGGAUAUAAUUCAAAGAUUAGAAAACCCGGAUGAUUUAUCAUAUGAUCUUUUCGAUCAAAUCGAUCAGUGGAAAAAGAUAACAAUCAGCAAGGUAAAAAACGCGGCAGCGAGAGCUCGUCAUGACCUAAUUGAAUUGAUCGAUAAACGACGAACAGCAGUAACAAAACAGUUAGAAGCAAUAACAAAAGAAAUUCGUAGUCAUCGAGACGAAGAAAAUUUCCUUGAAGAUGACAUUGCUCGACUUCGAACGAAACUUAAUGAAAUCCAAAAAGUACUUGAACAGUUCACUCGAAAAGAUACAAAGAGAGCUAUCAUAGCGACGAAUGAUCAAAUUGAUUGGGACCGAAUUAUUCAUAUCCAAGGAAAGCAUAAAAUCGCCUCAUUUGCGGGGAAUCUACCUCUGAACACGAAUACGAAAUGGAUACAAAAUGGCGUCACAAUUGCUGGAGGAAGUGGAGAUGGCAGUAGAAUAAAUCAGCUCUCAUAUCCAGUGGGCUUGUGUAUUGAUGAAGAUCAGACUAUAUACAUUGCUGAUUACUCGAAUCAUCGGAUUGUGGAAUGGGCACGUGGCGCGACGAUGGGUCGAGUUGUGGCUGGUGGCAGUGAAUCAGGGAGCAGACGUGGCCAGUUCAGCUACCCGACAGAUGUAAUUAUUGAUAAAGAAAGCAAUGGCCUGAUCAUUAGUGAUUAUGGCAAUCGAAGAGUAGUUCGAUGGUCUCGUGAGAAUGAAGAAGUAAUCAUUUCAAAUGUUGGAUGUUGGGGAUUGACAGUGGAUGAUGUUGGACUUAUUUAUAUAGCUGAUUGCGAUAAACAUGAAAUUCGACGAUAUCAAAUGGGAGAGAAUCAAGGAACCAUAGUGGCGGGUGGAAAUGGAGUAGGGAGUGGUCUCAACCAGUUGAAUCAUCCUACAUGCGUGUUUGUCGAUCGAGAUCAUUCCGUUUACGUGUCAGAUUCAAAUAAUCAUCGUAUUAUGAAAUGGAUAGUAGGUGCGAAGCAAGGUAUCAUUGUGGCUGGUGGACAAGGAUCAGGGAAUAGUCUUACACAAUUGUCAAGUCCUUAUGGAGUUUUUGUGGAUCACUUAAGUACUAUCUAUGUCGCUGAUGGCUCGAAUCAUCGAAUCGUUCGUUGGUGUCACGGAGCCACCCAGGGACAUGUGAUUGUUGGCGGAUAUGGGCGAGGAAACCAAUCAAAUCAACUGAAUAUCCCAUUUGGUUUAUCAUUCGAUCAAGAAGGAAAUAUUUAUGUGAGUGAGCACAGUAACCAUCGAGUGCAAAAAUUCAAUAUUCAAAAACGUUGA